CAACCACAACCACAUUCACAGAUUCACUCUCCUCUCCCUCUUAUCAGCCUCUCACUCUCUCUCUCUCUAUAUAUAUUCACCCAUCCUCUAACCCAACCACCAUUACAUCACACGCACCACACCAGAAGAACUAGCAUUGAAUUUUCCCCUUCUCUUUCACAGAUUCUACGAAUCCCUUCUCCUUCUCUCUCUCGAUUCUCCGAAAUCUCAAUCGCCGGGAACCCUGGAUUUCAAGUGACGUUUCGGCGUUGUUCCUUUUUAUUUUUUCUGUUCUCUAGAGAGGGGUAAGACCCCGGGAGAAAAGUUGUCGACAAUCACGGCUAUAUUAAGAGUAAAUCGCCCUUUUCUACAUGUCCGGGCACUACGACGCAAGGGUUGUGUGACCGGGAGCAUCCCUUCGCCGCACGGCGGACGUGGCGCUUUGCCCUCUGAAGGUGGCAGCCCUUCCGACCUCCUCUUCCUUGCUGGCGGCGGUCAACUCCUAUAUUAGCUCCCUGCAUUUGUAGAUUAGUAUUUAAUUAUCAUAUACUACUACUACUACUACUAUUCUGUUACUCGAUUAAGAAUCUGUCUGCUUUUACCGAGAAAAAGGAGUAUUUUUAUAAGAAAGAUAUAUUAAGAUGAUGCUAAGGAUUAAAAGGGUUCCUACUGUUGUUUCCAACUACCAAAAGGAAGAGGCGGAGGAAGGCGCAAGCCAUGCAGCCGGCUGCGGCCGCAAUUGCCUCAGAAGCUGCUGCCUCCCAGGGGCAAAGUUGCCAUUGUAUGCUUUUAACAAGACAAGCAAGGUUGUCUGUGAAAAGGAUUCUGUUGGCUCCGAGAACGACGAGCCUCCCGUUGACUUCUUGGACUCGCUUCUCCUUGCGGAGUGGGAGGAUCGUAUGCAGAGAGGACUCUUCCGCUAUGAUGUCACUGCUUGCGAAACCAAGGUGAUUCCUGGCAAGUAUGGAUUUAUUGCCCAGCUGAAUGAAGGCAGACACCUGAAGAAGCGGCCUACCGAGUUUCGUGUUGAUAAGGUCUUGCAGCCCUUUGAUGAGAACAAGUUCAAUUUUACUAAAGUUGGGCAAGAAGAGUUGCUCUUUCAAUUUGAGCCCAGUAAGGACAAUGUUGUCAAGUUCAUUCCAAAGGCACCAAUUGAUGCUGAGAAUUCGCCUAGCGUUGUCGCCAUCAAUGUUAGUCCAAUUGAAUAUGGACAUGUGCUGCUGAUCCCUCGAAUUCUUGAAUGCUUGCCUCAGAGGAUUGAUCGUGAGAGCUUCUUACUUGCUCUCUACAUGGCUGUAGAAGCAGGGAAUCCCUACUUCCGCUUGGGUUACAAUAGCUUGGGUGCAUUUGCUACUAUCAAUCAUCUUCACUUCCAGGCCUAUUACUUAGCAACACCUUUCCCCAUAGAAAGGGCUCCGUCAAAGAAGAUAAUAACUACAAAUGGUGGAGUGAAGAUCUCUGAUAUUCUGAAUUAUCCGGUCAGGGGUCUAGUUUUUGAGGGUGGGAAUACCCUGGAAGAUCUAUCAAAUGUUGUCUCAGACUCCUGCAUCUGCUUGCAAGAGAACAACAUCCCUUAUAAUGUACUUAUUGCUGAUACCGGGAAACGAGUUUUCCUCUUCCCACAGUGCUAUGCAGAGAAGCAGGCUCUUGGGGAAGUGAGCUCUGAGCUCCUCGACACUCAAGUGAAUCCAGCCGUUUGGGAGAUCAGUGGACAUAUGGUACUGAAAAGAAAGGAGGACUAUGAGGAAGCAUCUGAAGAAAAUGCUUGGAGGCUCCUGGCCGAGGUUUCCCUCUCUGAAGCCAGGCUCCAGGAGGUGAAGGAGCUUAUAUUUGAAACCAUCUGCUGCAAUCUUGAUGAGAACAAAGAUGUCACUAAGACCCCAGUUCAGGAGUCAGCUGUCACCCCUCCACCUCAUGAAGACGUGGAUGCCAUUAGAGGCUCCCACCCUUCAAUGGUGCCUGUGUAGCAGCAUUGUCAGGUUCCAAGCUCAGACCUCAGUAUUUAUGCAUCUUAAACAGUGAAGCGCAACAUGGAAGUUUCCAUGGUUUGGGUUUGGAUUUGCCUAGAUAAUGCAAAUUAUAUAUGUAUGCUUUGUUGUUGGAUCAUGUAUGUAACUCCUGUCUAGUGCUUGAUCGUCCAGUCGAGGCGUGCUUUUAUGGAUUGUGUAAAAUAUUGUUCCUAUCUCCCUGGUUUCCCCUAGGAUUUGCCAAAAUAAGGCAAACUAUGUUUGCCUCCUUGUUUGAUUUAUCUGUGCAAGUCACUAGUGUCUAGUGCUUGAUUGUGGGAUGGAGCUUGCUUUGUGGAUUAUGUAAAAAACUACGUCUAAUGGAUUUCUGGUUGAGACAUUAGAUUGACUGAA